AUGAUUGACAAAAAUUCAUCCACAUUUGAAUUUAUUAGACAAAAUGUUGAAGAUGAUUUAAAGAAAUCUCAAUGGAAUACACAAAGAAUUCGAGAUGUUAUUAACAAGAAUAAUUCAUCGGAAUCUCGCACAGCGGUUGAACAUGCAUUUCGGUCAAUUCUCUUCAGUUUAAUGGAACAACAAUUGGAAACAACUCAUGGAACAAAUCUUGAUGAUAUGGAAACAUC